CAAGUUUUUACUUAUACACUUCUUUAAUAUCAAGACGUUUAUUCAAUUUUACUUUUAAUUAUAAGUAUUAACUUACUUGUGGCAACACUGAUGCCGAAAUGCCGAUGAAUCCCUGGUCUGCAGCUGCCGACCAACCACGAGUAAACAAAUCUAAACAUCGUCCUCUUCUCGUAAUCUGAGAGACUGUUUUAUAUAUUUAUGGUCCAGGAGAUCACUCUAUUUUAUUGUGUGUGAUAUUUUUGUGCAAAUAAAAUCUUGAUCCUUUUGUUUUGUUAUUUAUUAUAAAAAUACAUCAAAAUAAUGACGGGACCAAAAGUUCAAGGCAGACCAAGUAUUCGAAAGGAUACACCAACUAGAAAUGUCAACUCUUCAAAAAACAGAAAAAGUUCCCAUGAGCGUGAGGAUUUAAAUCAAUCAAGUUUUAUAAAUGAAUCCCAACAAUCCGAGGUAUCAUUAGAUGAACAAUCAAGUCAGACCGAUUAUUUCGAAAAGCGAAAUGAGUCUUGCAUCAAUGAAAGAACAUCAUCUCCUCUACGACGACGACGUGAACGCAGUGAAGAUUUAAAAUCCUCCUUCAAAGCUAAUCAAAACAAUUCCAUUACACUAGAAUCAGCAAUUGUUGAACAACAAUCAAAUACAUACAAGGCUGUGAUUAUUUUAGUAGUUUUACUGGGAACUGUCUUUAUACCGAUCUUUAUAGCACAAAAAAACGGUAUUCGUGAAUGUUCUUUCGACAAACUAAAAGCAAAAUAUCCAAAAGAAAGUGACAAAUUGUGGAUGCAUCUAAAAUACGGAAAUGAAUACAUAUUAAACAAUGAAGGUGAUGAACCCGCAGUGUUUCUAUUCUUACACCACGCCAAAAGAAUAGCUGAUAAACUUGUGGACGAAAUUGCUCGAACUUCAGCUGAUUGUUAUGGUUCCCCACCAGCCAUAAAAAAAGUGGAUUUAAAUACAAGGGAAGCCAUUGAAGAUUAUGGACAUAUUAUCGCUUCAUACAAGAAGACAGUCAAAGAGGGAAAUGUUAUCUUAAUAGUAAAUCUCAAUGAGAUUCCUGGUGAAGCAGCUAAGGCCCUUCAUUCAAUUUGCGAUUCAGUAACACCUUUGGUGAAAAAAGUAAUUAUUUUGCUUACAUUGACUACGAAACAACAUAAUGCGGAUCAGAAUGUAAUUGAGACUGCUGAAAAUGAAUUGAAAAAACUUUGGCAGGGAAAAAUGAAGGCAAAUGAAUUGGAUCCAAUUAUAACACGAGUAACUGAUCAAGUAUUUCUACUAAAAAGCGAUUAAAAUGCAGAAUAUUCAAAUAAUAAAUUUACUGUUCCUUCUAUUUUAUUUAAAUAAAUUAUUGUUUGGAUUGUUAAUUUAAAAAUAAAUAGUUUGGCAAAAAAGA